GUCAGACCGAUACCCGGACUGAGGUGUGUUGAGUUGGAGGGGUGUUUACACGUGCCCACGUCCCCCCGUCGAAAACGUCAGACGCCGCGCUGGAUCGCUGAGAAAAGUUUUUUUUUUUCUUUCAUUGAGAAGUGCUGUUUUGUUGUCUUCGAGAUGUGUGGAAAGGGAAAGAAAACUACUCGCAGUAUGCAAGGGUGUGCUGUGCGCCGGAGAUUGAGAUAACUUAUCUGAACCCAUGGAUCUGUUAUGAGGCUCGCGACACCGGCGGGUGUGGAUGUAAAUCGGUAUUUGCGGGGAGCGAAGAACGAACUCUUUGCGCGCCCCCGUUUGGCCAUAGUGCGAGAACUUCAUAAGUCGUGAGAAACUUGCAUCUAAGAAGCUUGAUUGCCUUUAGCUGUACCCGUGAAGUGGUCCAGUCCCGUCUGGCUGUUCGUUGUAAGUUCGGAUUUAGUUAUAGUGGUACGUGGUUGUUAGCAGCAGCGGUCUGUGGACUCGGAUAGUGGAGAGUGAUUUCAUUUGGUCAAGAACCCGUGGGUCGGGCUAAACAGUUCGGUUCGGUUGUUGCGUGGACCCCUCCCCCAGUGUUUGUAAGCAUGGGCGAGACGAAAAUAAUUUACCAUAUGGACGAGGAGGAGACGCCGUACUUGGUGAAAAUUCCCAUCCCAGCGGAACGCAUCACUUUGGCAGACUUUAAGCAGGUCCUUAACAAACCCAGUUAUAAGUUCUUCUUCAAGUCCAUGGACCAGGACUUUGGAGUUGUCAAGGAAGAAAUAUCUGAUGACAGUGCUAGACUGCCUUGCUUCAAUGGUCGGGUCGUUUCUUGGUUGGUAUCUUCAGAAACAAGCCAACCGGAGCCAUUACCACUGCCUGUUGAGACCAGAUCUGAACCUUCACCACCACCUCCUUUGCCACCUCCCCUACCUCCGCCACCCAUUGAACGGACGGGUGGAAUUGGGGACUCAAGACCUCCCUCUUUUCACCCCAAUAUCUCUGGGAGUCGAGAGAAUCUGGACAAUGAAACCGAGACUGAUUCUGUUAUUUCUUCCAGAAGAGAGAGACCACGCCGACGUGAGACCAUGGAGCACAGUGGCCACAGGAUGAAUGGACAGUUACGAAUGGAACGACAUUUAGGAGGGUACGAGAGCUCCUCUACAAUGAUGAGCAGUGAAAUUGAAACUACCAGCUUUUGUGACUCUGACGAUGAUGACACAAUGAGCAGGUUUAGCAGCACAACAGAGCAGAGCAAUGCUUCUAGGCUUCUGAAGCGCCACAGACGUAGAAGAAAGCAAAAACCAGCAAGGCUAGAGAGGGCUUCCUCUUUCAGCAGCGUAACAGACUCCACCAUGUCACUGAACAUCAUUACAGUUACACUUAAUAUGGAAAAAUACAACUUCCUGGGAAUCAGCAUUGUUGGACAGAGCAAUGAGCGAGGUGAUGGUGGUAUUUAUAUUGGGUCCAUUAUGAAAGGUGGAGCAGUAGCUGCUGAUGGACGAAUUGAACCAGGAGACAUGCUGCUUCAGGUAAAUGACAUAAAUUUUGAAAACAUGAGCAAUGAUGAUGCAGUGAGAGUCCUAAGAGGAAUUGUGCACAAACCGGGGCCUAUUGUUCUUACUGUGGCAAAAUGCUGGGACCCAUCCCCACAGGGUUACUUCACAUUACCUCGCAAUGAACCUGUCCGACCCAUUGAUCCUGCUGCCUGGGUUACCCAUUCAGCAGCACUGUCUGGUGCUUUCCCACCAUUCCCAGGAAGUUCCUCCAUGAGUACCAUCACAUCCAGCAGCUCUGUAACAGAAACUGAACGUUUUGAUGACUUCAGCCUUUCUAUUCACACGGAUAUGGCUUCUGUAGCCAAAGCUAUGGCUUCUCCAGAGUCUGGCCUUGAAGUCAGAGAUCGCAUGUGGCUGAAAAUCACCAUCCCAAAUGCCUUUUUAGGCUCUGAUGUUGUGGACUGGUUGUACCAUCACGUGGAAGGAUUCCAUGAUCGCCGGGAAGCACGGAAGUAUGCAAGCAAUUUACUAAAAGCAGGCUUUAUUCGGCACACUGUAAACAAGAUCACAUUUUCUGAGCAGUGCUACUACAUUUUUGGUGACUUCAGUGGCUGUGAGAAUUAUAUGGCUAAUUUGUCCUUGAAUGACAAUGAUGGAUCCAGUGGAGCUUCAGACCAGGAUACUUUGGCACCUCUUCCCCUUCCAGGUGCCACCCCAUGGCCAAUAAUGCAUACCUUUCCGUACCAGUACCCAGCACCACAUCCAUACUCCACCCAGCCACCACCAUAUCAUGAACUGACCUCAUAUAGCUAUGGUGGGGGCAGUGCCGGUAGCCAGCACAGUGAAGGCAGUAGAAGCAGUGGGUCCAAUCGCAGUGACAGUGGCCGCAUGGGCAAAAACAAAGAUGACAAGACUGGCGAUUCAAAAUCAGGCAGUGAGAGUGAGUCUGAAUAUUCUACACGAAGCAGCAUUCGCAGAGACCACACUAGUGAGCGAUCAGCUCCUGCUAGUGACCAGAGUCAGAGAAGUCGCCACACGAUAGCUGGAAGCAUCCGUUCCCACCACACUUUGCAUUCCUAUGGACCUCCAGGAAUGCCUCUGCCCUACAACCCCAUGAUGCUGAUGAUGAUGCCUUCUCCUUCCACAGCUGCAGCAGCUACGGUACCGCCGGGAGCACCACCUGUCCGGGAUUUGGCCUCAGUCCCUCCAGAACUCACUGCCAGUCGGCAGUCCUUCCACAUGGCCAUGGGCAACCCAAGUGAGUUCUUUGUUGACGUCAUGUAACUGUCUAUUGGUCCUUUGACUUUUAAAGAGCAAAGUUGCCCUUUUGUGGCACCAUUAAUCUAGAACUUUAUGAAAAUAAAAUAUAAGGUGCUUAUGAAGACGAAUAUUUCACUGAUUUCAUUUGUCUAAGUAUCUCUGAAUACCAGGAUCUUCCAUUCACGUGCAGGUAGUUAUUUGUAAGGUGGACUAGCGAUGCCUUUAUGUGAAACCAAACCUUUUUGGAAGAUUAAAGAACCUGCAAAAAAAAAAUAUCCAAAAUGCACUUCAUUAACUGCUGCUUCAGAUUUCGUGCCAGAUAUUCAUUAGGUUUCUGGUUAAGUUUUCUUGUCCACUUCAAAAGAUAAAUAUUCCAUUUUUCUAAUUUAAAUGUAUGCCUUGUCAAGCAGUAAAUGUAGCCCUUCAGGGCUGGUUGUGAGAAAGCCAGUGGCAAUUUUUGAGCCUCCUGACCUGUGGGAUAAGGUGUCAUAAAACACUAUACUGAACUGAGUGAUGCCUCAUGGGCAUAGAAACUAAUUGAUCCUUGUAAUUUGAGACUGUUUUGAUACUAAGCUUGAAGGUCCUUUGAAGGACAGUGUUUGAGAGGGUAGAUGUUAUAGGUGGUGCUCUAUGCUUCCCUGGGCUGUUCUGCCCACCUGGAGCCAAAGGUGCUGCUGUCUUUCCCCCUGUUAUAUUGAGAGAGCAUGUGGUCACUUCCUGCCCUGUUGUGCUUCCCUGGUCUUUAAAAAGGGCAUUGCCUUCCAUGAUUUUUUGUUAUCCAUCAGACAUUUUAAAACUAAUAUAAAGAGUUGUACAGUAAGAAAAUAUAAAAAAAAAGGAAUUUGGGACUGUGAUUCUCUAUAUGCUGUUUCUAGUGGAAACAUUGAACUGUACAGUUUUAAGAGCCAUAACUCCCAUAGAGAAGCAACUUUUUGAUGGUGUGAACUUCUGAUUAGGAAUGGACAAGUUUUUUCACAUUGUAGUCUAAAAACAUCAACACCUUUACUUAAUACUGUCUGUGGUUUGGGUUUUAAUAUUCCUUCUUUUCAGUUUUUUUGUUUUAAGAACAGCAAUGUGAAGCUAGUGGCUGGAAUAGAUAAAUGUGAAGUAUGUGAUAAGAUAUUGAAUCCAUGAUGUACUGAUAUAGCCAUUUUUUGAGCUACUGAGUAGACUGACCUACCUAGUGUGGUACAAUAGAAGUACUAAAUUCCUUGAAGGGAGGUCAGCAUCUGACAGAAUUACAGUGCUUUAAUGCAAGACUGUACUUUAUCACUUGCCUGUAAUGAUGUAGACUUGUCUUAAGGUAACAAUAAUUAUAUCAAAGUAUUCCGUAAAUGAAGUAUUUUAACUAACGUGCAUUCAGUAAAACAGUAAUUAAAAAAUGUCCACUUUUUUGAACAGAUGCCAUUUUGACUUUGCUCCCAUCACAAAUUGUACUUAUCUGUGACCACUCGUACUGUUUCAGUAGAGUGGUUCAGAAAUGCCCUGACUUGCACAAGUACAGUGUAAACCUCUGCUGGUUAUUGGUGCACCGGUUAAUAUGCAGUCAUCUCUGAGAUGCAGCAUAAAUCAUGUCCUGUUGAUAGUGACCACAGUAACAACCAGCCACUUUGGAUAAUACAAGCUACAGCAUCGUGAUUAUUUGGGAUGCAGUGAUUCCAGCUUUUUAUUACAGUAUAAAUCCUGACCAUGUAAUACAAAGGAGGAGGGAUCCUUUGAGCAACUGUUAGUGAAAGGGUUUUGAAGGCAAGACUACUGCAAUACAUCAAAGCAAGAACAUUUUUUUAUAACAGAAAAUGUUACUCCAACACAAUCUAAAUUUUUGCAGUGGACCUUGUUUAUGGAAAGGCUUUAGUGUUAGUCCACUUAUUGUAAGUCUGUUUUAAGGUGAGAUACUUUGGGAUUCUGUUGUGGACAUGCUCUUCAUUGAUUGUGAAAAUUUACCAUAUUUCCAAAUGAAGGAAGAAUUUUUCAGGGGACAUGCAGGCCCAGGUACAGUGAUACAAUCUCAUUGUGUAUAGUAAGCAGGAACAGUACAAGCAAAUGGUGGGUUCUGCUGGCUAUGAGAACACAUAUCCACAUAUCCAUUGCAUUGGGAAACAGGAAUAGCUCCUGAAUACCCUUCCAUAGGAAGCACCCUUAAAGCAUGGGAUGCUGGGUUUCAUCUUUUGGAAGGAGGGUCAACCUGGCAAUGUAAAAUACUGGAAAACUCAUCUAAAAAGCAGGCGGAUGGAUGUGACAGUACAUAAGGAGAUAAUGCAAUGAUGUGGAUUGAACCUGUUUUCCCAUUCACUGUCUGAUACUUACUAGGCAUCUAGCAAAUGGCUUGGAGUUGCUUUUUUGCUAAGAAUCUGUUCAGUGACAUUCCCUUGUAACUGAUGAUCUCAGUGUUUGCUUUGGUUAAUGUACUCGCUGAGCUAGAGUGAUUGAAAGCACUUGGAGCAGAUAGCAUUGCUGAACACAAUGCUAUCUACUCCAAGUUAACAGAGCAUUGUUGAACACAAUGCCAGUUUUUUCCUUUCACAGUUAUUUGGCACUAAAGCUGUUGUGAUAUUUGUUGUCCAUUCCAGUUACUUGGCCCUUACAAUGGUACGGAAACCAGAGAUGGUACUAGUCACCUAUGUUGGACUUUUACUGUAUAGGAGCAAUUUUACAAGCAGCCUGUACAGUUGAGUGGUGCAGAUGUACUUAAUGUUUCACUGUUGCAGUCAUUACAUUUGGGUAAUCUGCUGACAGGUUGUCCUCAGCCUGAUUAACAAA